AUCAACUCAUAGCAAUCAGUUACUUUUCAACAUGUCGCUUCGUACUACCGCUGCUACUCGCUUUGAUAGUUUCGAUGUCCAUCGAACGUCCUACAAAACAAUCGGCAGCCAUGAAAUAGAGGCGACGGUCCUCAUACCGAAGGCCGUGAAGCCUGGAAAACAUCCUCUCUUUGUCAAAUGGCACGGGGGCGGCUUGACCGCGGGAGAAGGGGCAUACCCAGACUGGUUUCCCGCCUACCUGGUUUCGUUGCUUCUCAGAAACGAUGCCAUUGCUGUGCUGCCAAACUACCGCCUAACACCAGAGCAUUCUGGAGAUGAGAUCCUGCAAGACAUUGCCGAUUUCUGGACGUGGCUUAGAGCGUCGUUGCCUGCAUUCGUCGCAUCAAAGUCGCCGUCUACUGAGAUUGACCUAUCGAAGAUACUUGUCUCGGGAGACAGCGCCGGUGGAUGGUGCGCUAUUCAGUCCAUCCUGACUCUACCACAAUCUACAUUCAACGCCUGCUUACUCCAAUAUCCCGUCACAAACCUCAUCCCUACUUCGCCGGAUGAUACACCAUGCGGAGAAACUAUCCCACCAAAGGAGGUCCUUGAUGAGUUCAUUGCAAACAUCGUCCCAGGCACGGUCGUCAGCAGCGCGAUACCGCCCGCAAGAUCUGAUCUAGCUCCCAUGCUACGCGCGCACAGACGAUGGACAGAGUUCUUCGGCGAUGCAAAACACCUGAUGCCGGACACGAGAAUCGAAGAUGCGACCUUCCUGGCACCGACGUAUAUUAUUCAUGGAAAAGAUGAUACAAAUGUUGGUGUUGAGUUGACACAUGCGUUUGUUGAAAAGGCGGAGAAACUUAUACCGGGUGCGCGUUUCAAGGUCGCCACUCCACCUGGGGAUCAUGGGUUCGAUACUGAGAUAUACGAAGAAGACGAGCCUUGGCUGAAAGAUAUUUUGGAGGGCGUAGAAGCAGAUUGGCUAGCAUAA